GACAUCAUCAACACAGCAGGUAACAGUGCGAGCACAAAAUGUGGCAUCAACCAGCAAGGACACUAUUCAUAUGUUUCAUUUUGCUGAAGGUUCAAACUGUUGCACUUAUCAUUAUGAUACGUCUUUAAUCGUUUCUAAAUCUAUUGGAGAUCUUUUUAUUUAAAAAAAACGAUGCUUAGAUCAGGGCAUUGUAUACGCCAAGACUUCUCAUUCCAGCUUGUUGCAAAUACCUGCUUCCUAGAGGGGCGCGUGAUUGCUUUAGUCGCGACAUCGUAAUGUGAUUGGAUAAUGGAAGAAAUUCUCGUGUUUAAUUGGUUCAUUAACCAUUGAUUGAUUGGCUGGGCUUGUAACGCCGAUUGUUCCAGGGACAUUGUCACUUACCUAUUGGUUAAGAAGGAGAUCGCUCACAGAAGACUCCGCCGCUGAUUGGCUAUUCUGCCCAUCUGAGAGCUGCGCCAGAAGCCGAUUGGUGGAGGUUGUCGGUGCGCUCACCGAUCACGUGUGGUCCUGCGGCGCUGUAGUUGAGGCGGCGAAGCUCUGGGGUGAGGUGUUGUUGUCUCUCCGUCUUCGGCCAUGCAGCGACGGGCCGUUUCCCAGCUCGCCUUCCUUGUCCUCGCAGGAUUUUUACUAACUGAAGCAGUGGAGAUUGAAGUCCAUGACAAGGAUAACAAAACCUGCAUAUAUGCCACUUUAUCAGUCAACUUCACUGUCCUUUAUGAAGUAAAUGGAACAAUGAAAAAUGCUACCUUUCAAUUACCUAAUUCAUUGUCUUCAAAUGGAAGUGUAUGUGGUGAUAAUAAUUCAGCUCCCUUGUUAAAAAUGGACUUUGGACAUGGUCAUUCCUUGAGCUUAAAUUUCUCCCAUUCUGCUGGAAUAUUUAGAGGAGAUGUAUUGACUUUCACGUACAACACGAGUGAUGCAACACUGUUUCCGGGAGCAAAAAACACAAGUGUAAACAAAGUAGCUGUGGAUUCCCUAAUGGAGGCUGCACCACUUAACACAAUUUACACAUGUAGAAGUGCUAAAGCUAUUGCAAGCAAGGCAGUAAUCAUGGUUUUAUAUGAUGUUGGCAUUCAAGCCUUUGUGGAGAAUGGAACAAUUAGCAAAAAUGAAUCCAUCUGCAAGGCAGACAUGCCUACUACAAUGGCACCUCUUACAACAUGGACAGCCUCAACCAUGACCCCAACUAAACCAUCACCACCAUCACUGCCAGCAGUGGGCAACUACACACUCAAAAAUGGUAGUGAUUUUUGUCUUCUUGCCAAUAUGGCACUACAGCUGAAUCUUACCUAUACAGAUGAUAACCAGACACGAGUGAUUAAUAUUGAUUCCAAUUCUACAGCAAGUGGACACUGUGGGCAUCAAGAUGCAGCUCUUGUGCUAGAAGAUGCAAGCACAACUAUUCUAUUUCAUUUCAUUGUGGAGCAAUCAAAGUUCUUCCUAAAGGAGGUGAAAACUAAUAUAAGCCUGGUUGUAAAUGGUUCAACAAUCUUACUUCACAGCAACAAUAGUAGCCUGAGAUACUGGCAGGCAUCUGUUGGAAGUUCAUAUAUGUGCCAAAAGGAGCAAAGGCUGAGGGUGACUGACAAAUUGGUUAUUAAUGCAUUUAAUGUGUGGGUCCAACCAUUUGAGCUGAAGUCUGGAACCUUUUCCAGAGCUGAAGAGUGUUCUCUCGAUGAUGACAGCAUUCUUAUUCCUAUUAUAGUUGGCGCAGCUCUGGCUGUCUUAAUUGUGAUUGUUGUAAUUGCUUAUGUGAUUGGUAGAAGAAAAAGCUACGCUGGAUACCAGACACUCUAGAUUUUGUCUUGGUUUGCCAAAUAUUUGGUGAUAUGAUUACAUGAUGGCUAUUUAGUAGGUGGAAGUCCUUGCCCCUUCUACUUAAAAAUUGCACUAUGCCCUUGCCAAGUCUCCAGGGCUAAUGAGCUUGCACCUGUACUACAUUUUAGAGAUGAAAUGUUGAAAGUACAUUGCUGGCAUUGAAGGAUGAAAAUUUUUGGUUUAGACUUCAUGGCAUUACUACAAGGAAAUGACUGUUUAGUCCAGUAUAGAAAUUUGUCUUGGUGACUGCCUAUUGAGAUUAACAUUUAUGAAUGACUAAUACUUGCCAGCAAUGAUUCUAACAUUUCUUCCAAUUUAAUGAAUAUAAAAUCUAAAACUGAAUGUUAUACAAUCAGUUCUAAUUUAGCUUGUUUGGAUGUACUGUGGAAAAUGUAUAAAUGUUAAUAAUGUUUGUGUAUAUAAGUUUGGAAUUUAGCAAAAAUGUUUAUAGGGACAGCUGUUAGGUGCCUUGAACUGUAGAAACUUUUCCAAGUUUGUAAUGUGUUCUAAUUGGCAUGUGUAAACGUUAUCUAAUAUUAACCACUGAUCUUUUUCUAAUUUGGCAAUCUGGAGUUUUUUCACUGCACUCUAGACAUAGUGAAAUUUUGGCUUUUAUCUUGGUAUUAUAGCUUGGAUAAAUUACAAUCACUUCCUGGAGUUCUUUUUUAUGUAAAGUUUAACUUGCAUUUAUAAUAAAGAAUUCUCUGUAAGCUUGUACAAUUUUUGGGCUGAGGCUGUAAAUUUUACACUUCAAUAGGAAGCAACAUCCAGACAGCCUGAGCAUUUUGGGCAUAACUGGAAUACACUAAUUACAUUUUAUUGUUUCUACUCAUGUAUGUGGUUAUUGCUAGCAAAGCCAUCCAUUAAUGGAAAGACUUGUCACUUAACAACAAUAUGCCAACCAUAUUAUCCCAGAUUUUUAACUUCAAGAUGCCAUUCUGUGGAUUUGGUUCAAUUCCAUGCAUCACUAGUUUAAUAGUCAUUAGUAUUAUUUUGUCAUAUGAAGGUGAUCCCUCUGUUAUUGGGGGUGGGGGGGCUGGUGGUGGUGUUCCUUGGAAAAACCCAUUUAUGCAUGCAUUAAAUGCAAAUUGGGAAAUUUGAUUUCUUUUGUUCAAAUUCACUGAAUUUUACUCCUUAUCUCCUUUGGGUAGUGAUUUUUGAUUUCUGUUAAGGCAAAUUUUCCUAACCCUGAAUGACCUUAACACUGGGUUCUAAGUUUGGUCUUACUCUGUGAUAAUGUCAUUCUUUUGCCUCUGAGACUAGGUGUGUUUGACUUCACAAAUCACAUGUACUAAGUUUUCCAGGUCACUGUAAAACUUGCCAGAGCUGCUGAUCUUGUAGCAUUUAGAAAGGAGCAAUAAAAGUUAAUGUCCAUAAUCUAACUUGGAUUUUUCUGAAACUUCAUUUAGUUGCUGUUCAGUUAAGAUGUACAGGUAGGUUAAUUUGGGGGUUUAAAAUGGGCGGGGUGGACUCGUUGGGCCGGAAGGGCCUGUUACCAUGCUGUAAAUAUAAAAAAAAAUCCACCAAAUUUUAAGAUGCAACUGUUGUAGCUGUUUCAUCUAUUGAAGUUUCCUAAAAUGCUGUCAGUUUUGUUUGGGCUUCAAUUUCAAAUCCAGCUCAAUUUUGUUUUGCUCAGUAACAGAUUUAGACAUCUAAAUGCUGGGACCCAGCUCUGGUAUUGAUUUGACAGACCUGAACUGAAGAAACAAGUUGCUGCAGUUCACAUUAAGAUUAAAUUUUGAUAUGGGUUAAUCUGUUGAAUGUUGUAUUAGUAAGAAUUGUUAUGGAUCCAAAUUCAAAGAAAAGGGUUGUUGGUCCAUUAAAUAGGAUGCACAUGUAGGCUAGUCAUUGUAUAAGCUCUCAAUAGUGCCUUUUUUGGUAGACUGCUUUCCAAAUCUAAAGUUGCAAGUGUCUAAUUCUGGGGGAUGGAAAAACCCCAUGUUUAAGCAAAUGGAUUUUAUUAGAUUGGUGUUGAUUUACCCUUCAGGCUUUUUGCAUGUAUCUGAAGAGUAAAUCAAUUGCAUGCAAAUCUCUAGCCUCAAGUUUUCUGUGUACUUUUUUAAGUACAGUUCAGCACAUUGUAUUUUCCUCCACCAAUUUCAGCUCUGCCUUAAUUAUACAUUUAAAUCCAGUCAGAUCUAAUGGAUAUCCUUUCUAUUGGAACUAAUUUCCAGUAUUGACAAAUGAGAUUGCCCAUGGUGGUAUAUUGAACCAAGUGUAGUAUUAAUUGCAUUAGUACCAAUAGGCCAGUGAUGUUGCAUUCCAAGAUGCUAUACUAACAACUUUAAACUUCCCAACAUUGAGAUCAAUUGCUGCUUUUCAAAAAAGUGUAGGAAUAUAGAAAUCGGACAUGUUCAUUUCACUUUAUUUCGAAGCACUUGAUAUUUAAGUCUGCUUAUUUUAAUUUGGGUCCUGUGGGUUUCUUUCUAGUUUCGGGUUGCUGAUUUCACUAACUUUUACCAAAUUUCUUAACCCAACUGAAGGUUGCAAAGCAAAUGAAAACUGCAUCAUGCUGAUUGCAAAUGGUGCAGUGUUGGGAGCUCUGAUUUUUGUAGUGAUGAUUUGCAUUGGUCAUGAAUCAAAUGAAUGGAUAUGAACACUUUUAAACUUUCAGCUUUGUGAUUGCUGAGCAAUGGAACAAUAAGCUGUACAAUGAACCCAUGCUAACUUUGAUCGUUUCCAUUGGGAGAUUAAGUGUGCCUUUGGUUUACCUUUUACAAACUUCUAUUGUCUUUGUUUUGUAAGCAUGUAGAAAUUUGCAAAUUGCUUUAGAUGGACAGCUAGUGAAAUGAACAAACCUCCAUGUGUGGUCCAUUUCUUCAGGGCUAAUGGUAUAAUUACCUAAUUGACUUGCGCAAGGGAUUGAUUUUUGAACUUGUUUUCCUCUGUUAUUGCUUUCAGAAGUAUAAUGUCAAACCAGCCUAACUUGCAGUUGCCAGAUAAAAUGUGUAUGGUUUUUGUUGCAUUAAACAAUAACGUUUGGAUGGAGUAGAAUAAAAUCCUAAACAACUUGGUUGUAGGCUUCCACAAUUUCUUGUGGUUUUAAAUAAGCAGCACAAACCAAUGAAAAUGGAAGGCCAUUAGUGGGGAUUGCAGGUGCACUGGAAUCUUCAUUCUGGUCCCUCCUGCUUUUGUCACUGCUAUUGCUCUAUGCAGAAUGCACUUUGACCAUCAAGGCAAUUAGUUACCAAGUCUUUAAUAUGAAGAUGAAAUUAAUGCAUUGAGGCUUACAAUAAAAUUACACUGCAGUCUUGACUGCAAAUCUUGAUGACCAACUUCAAUCUACUUCGUUUUGUGUAAUGACUUUGCCUUGUUUAUGGUGCCCUGCUGCACUUCAAGUUUGUCUUAAAUCUACAGCAUUGCAUUUCUGUAAAUCUGAAACUGUUCUUGAGGGUUUUUCAUGAAGAUGGAAUGGAGCCAUCUAUUUGCUGGAUGUUUCCAGUGUAGUGAUUUGCAUGCUUUAAAAGAUUUUGUGCUGUUUUCAUGGUCGUCAUUUUCCAUUUCCAAUCUCAAGUUACAACAUCACUAACGUGUAAUUAAACUUUAUAGGAAUUAAUAUAUGAUUGGACUAGUGGUUUGUUCAUAUUAACUGCACCUCAAAGUUUUGUAAUUACCAAGUUCUUGUGGAUAUUUGUGAUCAUGAAGUCAAACUUGUAUUUUAAAGGGCAUUUUAGUUUCUGCACUUACUGUAAUCCUUCAACAAACAUCUACAUCAUCACAGCUGAAGAAUGUCUUUUUUCUGACAGGGAUUUCCAAUGCCAAU